AACAGUGUAAAAGUGUUCCUUUUUCUCCACAUCCUCUCCAGCAUCUGUUGUCUCCAGAUUUUUUAAUGAUCACCAUUCUAACUGGCGUGAGAUGGUAUCUCAAUGUGGUUUUGAUUUGCAUCUCUCUGAUGACCAGUGACGAUGAGCAUUUUUUCAUAUGAUUGAAAAUCACGCAGACAUCAACCUGCUCUACUGGAGUGAUGAGGAGGCCGUGGUGGACUUCAAGGCCGUGCAGGGCCGCUGCACCGUGGAGUACAGGGAGGACCUGCCCGAGUGCGUCCAGGAGUACUCCAUGGGCGGCCCCAACCGCUUCUACUUCCCUGAGGCCUAUAAUGCGAGGAGCAAAAGCUUUGAAGAUCCUCCCAACCAUGCUCGUAGCCCUGGAAACAAAGGGAAGGGCAAGGGAAAAGGGAAGGGCAAGCCCAAGUCCCAAGCCUGUGAGCCGAGCGAGCCAGAGACUGAGAUCAAGCUGCCCAAGUUGCGGACCCUAGACGUGUUUUCUGGCUGUGGGGGAUUGUCGGAGGGAUUCCACCAAGCAGGCAUCUCUGAGACGCUGUGGGCCAUCGAGAUGUGGGACCCGGCAGCCCAGGCAUUCCGGCUGAACAACCCCGGAUCCACGGUGUUCACAGAGGACUGCAACGUCCUGCUGAAGCUGGUCAUGGCUGGGGAGACCACCAACUCCCGUGGCCAGCGGCUGCCCCAGAAGGGAGAUGUGGAGACGCUCUGUGGUGGGCAGCCCUGCCAGGGCUUCAGCGGCAUGAACUGCUUCAACUCGCGCACCUACUCCAAGUUCAAAAACUCCCUGGUGGUCUCCUUCCUCAGCUACUGUGACUACUACCGGCCCCGGUUCUUCCUCCUGGAGAACGUCAGGAACUUUGUCUCCUUCAAGCGCUCCAUGGUUCUGAAGCUCACCCUCCGCUGCCUGGUCCGCAUGGGCUAUCAGUGCACCUUUGGCGUGCUGCAGGCCAGUCAGUAUGGCGUGGCCCAGACGCGGAGGCGGGCCAUCAUCCUGGCUGCAGCCCCUGGAGAGAAGCUUCCCCUGUUCCCGGAGCCACUGCAUGUGUUUGCACCCCGGGCCUGCCAGCUGAGCGUGGUGGUGGACGACAAGAAGUUCGUGAGCAACAUAACCAGGUUGAGCUCGGGUCCUUUCCGGACCAUCACGGUGCGAGACACGAUGUCUGACCUGCCGGAGGUGCAGAACGGAGCCUCGGCACUGGAGAUCUCCUACAACGGGGAGCCUCAGUCCUGGUUCCAGAGGCAGCUCCGGGGCACACAGUACCAGCCCAUCCUCAGGGACCACAUCUGUAAGGACAUGAGUGCAUUGGUGGCCGCCCGCAUGCGGCACAUCCCCUUGGCCCCCGGCUCAGACCGGCAAGAUCUGCCCAACAUCGAAGUGCGGCUCUCGGACGGCACCAUGGCCCGGAAGCUGCGGUACACCCACCAUGACAGGAAGAAUGGUCGCAGCAGCUCCGGGGCCCUCCGUGGGGUCUGCUCCUGUGUGGAAGCUGGCAAAGCCUGCGACCCUGCAGCUAGGCAGUUCAACACCCUCAUCCCCUGGUGCCUGCCCCACACUGGGAACCGGCACAACCACUGGGCUGGCCUCUAUGGAAGGCUUGAGUGGGACGGCUUCUUCAGCACAACUGUCACCAACCCCGAGCCCAUGGGCAAGCAGGGCCGCGUGCUCCACCCCGAGCAACACCGUGUGGUGAGUGUGCGGGAGUGUGCCCGCUACCAGGGCUUCCCUGACACCUACCGGCUCUUUGGCAAUAUCCUGGACAAGCACCGGCAGGUGGGCAAUGCCGUGCCACCACCCCUGGCCAAAGCCAUCGGCUUGGAGAUCAAGCUCUGUGUGUUGGCCAAAGCCCGAGAGAGUGCCUCAGCUAAAAUAAAGGAGGAGGAAGCUGCUAAGGACUAGUUCUGCCCUCCCUUCACCCAUGUUUCUGGCACCAGGAAUCCCCAACAUGCACUGAUGUUGUGUUUUUAACAUGUC